UUUCUCGGACACUAUAUAAGGUACCAUGCAAGAGCACAAGUUUUCAUUAGGUGCCAAUAAAAGGAAGCAGACGAUAGAAGAAACACCGUGAGAAGCAAGAUGAAGUUGAUGUUUUGGGCGCUCCUUUCUGUAGUGGUUACAUCAGUAAUAUUCGCACAGACCGGAAAUGACAUAGUGGAUAAUGGUAUCACCGCUGGCACCGAGUUGGCCCAAGCCAUCGGCGAUAAGAAAUUUGCAUCCACCAUGGGGAAGCUGGCAACCAGAGUCGGUCCAUAUCUCGGAAUGGUUGGCCCUGCCAUUGGGAUCAUAGCAGCUAUAGCCGGUCUUCAACAAGAUUCCGCUGAACUGCAAUUCAUGCGUAACAUGUUGUCCCAAAUUGAUAAUCGAUUCGACAAAGUGGAUCAAAAAUUAGAUGAUAUCGCUCGCAGAAUGGACUGGAACCGUGCUAGAGUUCAGUUUUUCACCUUUGAAAAGAAAAUAAAUGCUAUGAAACUGGAAUUAGAGAAGCUCUACAAUGCCAGUGGUGAUGGGUUUACGAGCUUUAGGGAUACUUUUGUUACUGUUUAUGAAUGUGUUUACGAGAACAGCGCCCAAUUGUUAUACAGUCACAUCGUAUCCCAUGGUUCCACGUUUUCUAGCAACGUUCUGACGGAAGCGGUUAGGGCAAACCAACACGACCGGCGCGAUAUGCAAGCGUUCAUGUUGGGGCUGACCAAAGUUAUUCUUAUGGGGAGUCAGGUGGAAAUGGCGUACUAUAAAAUCAAACACCCCAACUCUCUCAAAGGCCACGAACAAAAAUGGACAGGUCAAAUCAACGAAAUGCGAAAGGCCAUGGAGAAGGUUGAUAGGGAUCUUACGAACAACUUCAAGGAUGUAGCCAUCAACGACGCCAAAACCAUUCUGACAAAUAACAGAGGUGCUUCCAAAUCAGAUGCAGCCAAAAAAGUGUAUGAUAAACUAACAACGAAAUUCUACUGGCGCAAUUGGUUUGUAGCAGUCUAUAAUGACAUCGCGGGCGGAAACAACCACUGGAUGUGGGCAUGUAAUGGUGGUCUAGUCUUUCGCCACAACGGCUUCAACUUAAUCAUAGCAAGCAACCCCACAGCAACCGGGCAUUUGAACGCCUCCUCGGCACGUAGUCUUCUGAAAAAUGCGAAAUAUUAUUCAAGGAAUUUUUGGGGUACAAAAUACUUGGAUGCUAAGGACAUCUUCAAUAACAUUAAGUUUACUCGGAGCUGUAGCAGCUAUACUGCUGUUGGAGUCGUGAGGACCAACGCUAACUUCUCCCCAAAAUACGCCAGCAAUCGAUACGUGCAGGAAAGACGAGGUCGCUACUACACCUUUAUGUUCCAUUAAUUUUGAUGGUGUUAAAUUUGUUGUCUGAAAUAAAAAUGGGUAUUAGCAUUCA